GUCAUCGCAGCGGACUGCCAACGAUCACAAACCUGGUAGUAAAUUCGAAAACGAUCGCAGUGAAUCCGAUCAGCAACCACAGCAACAGCAACGACGUAACGAUGCAAGACGCAAACAAUCGCACCAUCAUCAUCGUCAUCGCAUCAAGUCGCCUGUCUUUCAAGCUGACGGUUCCGUUUCUCCGUUGGCUUCACCGUUGAGCUCCGCUGGCGGUGGCGGCAACAGUACGGUGGUGACACCCUCUAUCAAUCAUGAUAGCGUUAUCUUUAGUGAACUUCCACCACCCAUCAUUAAAGAAGGCCCAUCUGAGGCAAUUGUUGCGCUUCAGGAUGCUGCAAAUGGUUAGUACGGGUAAUCUAUUUAUGAGCUUUUUUUUUUUGAGCAACAACAGCUCUCUGUGGUUCUCAUCCUAUUUUGUAGAGUCCAAUGCGCCUUCAUCAUCAUCACCCGGAGCAACAACACCUACGUCUCUGAAUAAUACGUCGUUUAUCUAUUCACCAACUGCCAUAUUGUCAGAUGUAGCAUCGCCUAUCGGCAUCGUAACAGAAAAUGAUGUCUUGACGAGCCAACAACGACAACAUAACCAUCGCCGUCGAGGUAGUAGCAGUAGUGGGCGACACAGUAACGGGAAUAGUAGCAACACUAAAUCCAGCAGUAAAACAACGCGAGCAGCAACAACAACAGCAAUAGCACCAAUAAAGACGACGGCAGCAGCGACAAAAAGGAUCUCUAAAGAAGAAUAUUACAGCUACUACUAUGACGGAUCCAUAGAUCAAUUGUUUGAAUCCUGUUUCUUUUCGGCUGUGUUGUUGCUGCAAUGGUCGAACGUGAUGGGUCCCAAAAUGGUAAAAGUUUGGUCGUCCGCUGACGAUGAAGCAGCCAUGGAUGAAAAGCUACAGACAUUGAUAGGCCGACAAGUCUUGAAUGGUGAGAUGGGCCGAUCCAUAUCCGAGGACGGAGGCGGCGUUGAGCUAAAGUGGAUUACGUUGCAUCGCCAAGGCAUUCUUUGCGCUGCAUUUCUGUACAAUGACAGGAAUAAUGGUGGUAGUAGUGGCUCUUCUGCUUUAUCUGCAUUAGUGUUUAUUCUGCCGCUUCGCUAUCUGCGCAAUUUCUCGCCUUAUUUUCAUGUGCUCAGAGACCGUGUGCCAUUAUUGUUGAUUCAACCAUUGAAGCAAAUACGCAAAUUGUCUCGGCGACGUAAUAUCAGUGGGUCCACUGCUUUGGACUUCUUUGCUCGUCGAUGUUUGGCGCCGUUCAUCCAGUCCAUUAUGGAGAUCGAAUCUGUGUCAUUACCUUUGGAAUGCAACAAGAUCAGCUACAAUCUACUUGAUCAGGAGUCAAGGCAAUUGUUUGAUUCGCCGUUCUUUGGGAGGUAAAUAUUGAGGGAUAUCAUUAUGGAACAACUUCAAAGGGGAAUAAAACUAAGGAUCCAUACAAUAGAGUGGUAACAUCGCAUCUACAAACAUAUGCUUCAUCAGUAUUGCUGGGCAAUAGUUUGACCACA